CCGUAAUAUAACCAUGAAGCACAAUCCAUACCUCUUAUUUUCCGUCAUUAUCUUGGUGUGGCACAAAGAUAGGAGAUUAAUGGCGGAUGAGAACCAGAACGAGUUGACACUGCCUGAGCUUCACCUUCCUCCUGGCCUCUCAGCUGACACUGUAGCCAAGGUGUUAACAAGUGUACUGCUUCGUCAAGCUUAUUAUCAAACAUGUCCAUGGGCUCAGUGGCUUCUUCUUGCAACACUGGAAAUUCUACAUGGCCAUCCUGUUCCAAAGCUGGACUCGGACACACUUCAUAUACUGCAGGGAACAGAGAAGGGACUCAACUCUUUGGAUAAUCAAAAUUUUACUCAUGCAGUUGACUCAGAACUGAAAAAAGGUCCUGAUGCUUGCCCUGGCAAUGAUCUUAAAUCAAAGAAUGAAACUGUGCCUGAUGGAAAGACAACUGGUAUAGAAAGAUAUAAGAGUACUCGAAGGAAGUCAGCUAGAAAUACUGCAUUUCCUCAUGUAGAAGAAACUAUCCACAGUAACUGGGUCUCAAACAAACAUGCUUCUGUGGAAAAAAAAGUACUUUGUAAAGAUGUUGGGGUUCAGGUGACCCCAAGAAUCAUGGACACAACUUGCACCAAAUGUGUUGGGGUUGAGGUGUCCCCAGGAAUCAUGGGCAUAACUAGCAACAAAUUGGUACAGGUAAAGAAUGGUUUGCAAAUUCCACAGAGUUCUCAGACCAAAGGUUCAAUGGACACAAGGGAUACAGAAUCUCAAACUGAAGAAAGAGAGCUUUUGAAAAGUUUCAGUAGAAUUUGCAGUGAUAAAGAAGUACAAACACAUUUUAUCCGCAGUAACUAUUCAAGCACACCGCCAGAACUGGGAGAGCAUUUUGCAAAGAUGAGAUGGAAGUUAUUUCCAUUGUCUGGUUUACCUGAAAGAAAACUUGCUGGGAAAAGUAUGUAUAAUGUUUAUGCCAAUGCUCCUCCCGUGCAGUUUUUGAAGGAUUCUUUUGUGACAAACAAAGACACAGAGGUUGCAGUUUAUCCUGAAAAGAUGACUGAUUUGAUGAAAUUUAAGAGCUCCUCAUCUACUGAGGAAUGCAACAUUCCUGUUAAUAAGGAGCUAAAUAUUAGAUUGUUUCAUGGGAGGCCGUUGGUUGAUUCCCGGAGUAAAAAAGAUGCUGCCGGAAUUCCCAUUGAAAGGAUCAGUGGAUUAGUGGACUUGGGGUUGCAAGAUCCUAGACAAUUAAAGGAUCCUUGACCAGUCUUCAGAUUAUAAACUUUAUGUGAUCAGGUAUUUUAAUACUUUAAUGUCAUUUGAGUAAUACCAUAUAAUUAUACAGUACUGUAUUACUAUUUUUAUAUUGCUGCGCAGGCAGUAUAUAGUUUUCAAGUACAGCACCCUUUACUGUAUUUCAUAUUUUUUUAAGCUUUAAACUACUUUUAUGGCAAAAUUUCAUAAAUUUUCAUUGACCAAAGGAGUUUUCAUUCCUAUGUUAGAAACAUACAGUACAGUACUGGUAUAUUAUACAGGUGAAAGUCUGGGAUGGCCCUAACACUUCUUCACAUACCACAGGUGUCAGUACGGUAGUUUUAUUGUUAAUUGUAGUCUGAAUUUUUUUUCUGUUCAUAUUUCAUCUGCUAAUUCAUGUGUCUGUCACUCAUGUACAGUAGUUUAUGUUGUUCCAGUACACUACACUUUUUCUGUUCCUCAGUAUAACUUAGAGUUUACAAGAUGUACUUCUGUUUCUCUGGUUCUUUUCAUUGUGACUAACAAAUGGCACAUUAGUUUAUAUUCACAGAUGAGUGUCUUAGAUGGAAGAAUUUUUUCAGUUGC